CAAAAAGUUCGUGCAUUCGUAAAGUUCCUGAAACUUCGAUUGUUGAAGUAUAUUAAAAAAAAUUCAAAAUUAUUUUUACUUCACAUACAAAAAUAACGAAAUUCCCUAAAUAAAUACUAUUUAAAUGCUAGUACAGUUGGAAUAUUGAAAAUUGCAUCAGCUGCCAAGUCGAGAGAGAGCUAGAACAUUCUCGAACGCAUUGUCAUUUCGUAUAAAAGACGGCCAACAUCUUGUGCUCUCUACAUUUGAACAAAAUACGUCAAAGUGAGCGGAACUACCGUAAAACAGUGGCAAAAGAGAGAAUUUCACAAGUAACCGAAGUUAUUACAAAAUAUUAAGAAAGAUGCGUUCGUUACCUAUGUUUGUACGUAUGGUUGAGGAGCUGACCAGGAUGCCUCGUGUGUCGCCAUUCCAGACCUUCUUCCACGAGCCGCCCAUGUGGACCGGAUUGACUGUGCCUCGCAACUGGCAGCAAAUAGCGCGCAGUCAAGAGCAGCAGUUUGCAUCAGGUGCUACAAUUGGCAAGCAGGGCUAUCAGGUGUGUCUGGACGUCAGCGAAUUCAAGCCCAACGAGCUGACUGUUAAGACGGUGAAUAACAGCGUCGUCAUCGAGGGCAAGUCUGAGCAAGAGGAGGAUGCACAGGGUAGCUACCAUUCCCGUCACUUUUUGCGUCGCUUCACUCUGCCCGAAGGCUACGAGGCGGAUAAAACUACUUCCAGCCUAAGCAGCGAUGGUGUCCUCACCAUCAGUGUACCCAAUCCGCCAGCUGUUGAGGCAGCACUCCAGGAACGCGUCGUACCCAUACAACAAACCGGGCCAGCAGAGCUGAAUGUGAAGCCAAAUCCUCCAUUGGAGCAACCUGAUGAGAAAGAGAAGGGACAAUGAAUCCUCAACUAUAAAAUUUAGGCUCUCAAUAGUUUUACAACUAGCAUAUGUAAAAAUAAUACAAUAAACAUAAACAAAACCGAAUACACUUUCGUUUUACU